AUGUCUGAACAUCAAAAUGCCUCUGUCGGUAUUGACAAGCACCCUGGCUCCGAGGAUAUUUCCGAGCAACCAGAGGCGGCUCAAAGCCAAACAUCCGCGGACGAAGUCGAAGAGGACCACAGCGUGGCCAAUAUCGAACGAAUCUACAGAAAACUGGACCGUCGCAUCAUCUCCGCAUUCUGGGUCCUCUACUUCCUCUGUUCAGCUAUCCGCUCGAACGUAGGCCUAGCACAGACAAUGAACACGGAUAACGGCCACGAUCUCGCAAGUGUGCUCCAUAUAUCCCGGCACCAGAUCUCAACGGGUCUUGCCCUCUUUUACGUCUGCUACGUGAUCUUCGAUCUCCCCUCAAACCUAAUCAUGACCCGAUUAAGCCCCCACGUCUGGAUGAGCCGCAUCGUGAUCAGCGUAGGCCUAAUCGGAAGCUGUCUCGCCGCGAUGAAGGCAGCAUGGAGCUUCUAUCUCCUCCGCCUCCUCCUCGGCAUCGUCACAGCAGGCAUGUGGCCCGGCAUGACAUACUAUCUAACCCUCUUCUACCCACCAUCCCGUAUCGGCAAACGCAUCGGCCAAUACUUCACAGCCUCCCAGGUCUCCGCCGCAGUUGUCGGUCUCGUCUCCGCCGGCUUCCAAAAGAUGGACGGCGCCCAAGGCCUCGUCGGCUUCCAAUGGAUGUUCCUAAUCUACGGUGUCGUCACAGUAGCCCUGGGCUUCGCCUUGCUAUGGUGGCUACCAGACAGACCCACGCCACCAGGCGAACCCGCGCCGAAACGCUCUUGGUUGAUGCGCUGGGUGCCUGCCACCUCGCCCGCGUUGAAGGGAGCCGAUGCCGUUGUGCACUAUCAUGAUCUGAAGCGUGUCUAUCACUCGUCUGCGUGGACACUGCGGGAUCUUCUCGCGGUGUUUCUAGAUUGGAGAAUGUAUCCGUUGUUGGUUAUGUAUUUUGGUGUUGUGGGUGUUGGUAUUGGUGUUCAGUUGUAUGCGAACUUGAUCAUCAAAGCUAUUGAUCCGACUUUGAGUGAUGUUUCUUUGAGUUUAUUGACGGCUCCGAUUUGGAUUAUGGAUCUAAUCGCCAUCCUCCUCGUAACACCCCUCUCAGACCGCUUCCAUCGCCACCGCGCAAUCUUCUUCUCAAUCCCCGUCCUCCUCCAAAUCCUCGGCCUCCUUCUAACAAGCUACGCCGGCACAGACGCAAACCCCUGGCCCCGCUACGGCGGACUCCUAAUCGUUGGAUUCGGACUCGGCCCAACAGUCCCGAUAACAAUGACCUGGACGACGGAGGUAUUCCAGCCUCGACACGGCGAGCUGGGGGUAGCUGCUGCGUCGGCUGUUGUCUCCGGACUCGGUAAUCUGGGCAGUAUCCUUACGACGUAUGCUCUGUAUUCAGGAUGGCAGAGUGACUACGAGGCGCCGGGUCGCCAAAAGUAUCGAAAGAGUAACCUUGUCAUGAUAGGGAUUCUGGCGGGAAGUAUUCUCUCUGCUGCGCUAAUGGAGCUAAUGUUGCGAUUUGUUGAUGGGCGGUAUCGGGGGGGAUGA